CGAACCCCCCUGAUUCGGAGGAGAGUUCGCCUUUCAACAGAAUCCCGCACAAAUCCCUUACAAUUCCCAACGAAAUCUAUAUAUUUUGAGCCACCAUGGACGACAACGAGGACGAGCUGGAGGAGCACCAGGAGCAGGAGCUGCUCAGCGACGGCAGCGUCGGGGAGGAGGAGGAGGCGGGGGGCGAGGCGGCGGAGCACGACCUGGGAGGACCGGUGGACAGCUGGGAGUCGUUCAACGAGCGCAUCGACGGGCUGAUCUUCAACGAGCACUGCGACAAGUCGGUGAAGAAGCUGGACGAGCGCCGCCUGGCGAUCCUCAACCGGGUGCGCCAGCAGUUCCGCGAGGCGCCCAAGGGCGUGGCCGAGCGCUGUCAGGCCCAGAAGUCGCCCAUCGACCAGCAGCUGGAGCUGUCCAGCGAGCGUCUGAACGAGCUGGUCCGCUUUGGCAACGAACUGGUGACCAAUGUGCGGGUGGCCAACGAGCGCAGGGAGCUUAAUCGCCGCCUCUUCGAGGCCACGCAGAAGAACCAGGUGCAGGUGAAGCUGCAGCGCGAGAGCGUCGAGACAAUGGCCCGCUUCGAGAACAUCAAGGCGCGCUGGACGGAGCUGGAGGAGACCAACGAGCCGAUGCUGCUGUGGGACCAAAUCGAGGAGCAGAAGAAGCGCAUUGCCGAGAUCAUGUCGCGCAAGGACGAGAUGAUAGCCGCCUGCCAGCAGGAGGUGGACCGCAUGAACACCAAGUACGAGUUCGAUCGCGAGCGCCAGGCGCAGGAUCUCUGCUGCCUCGUGGAGCGCGUCGAUCACCAGGUGGAGACGCUGAAGGAGGCCUACAAGGAGCACCUGCAGAUGCUGCGGCACACCAUCGAGGAGGAGCGCCAGUUAUUCGCCGUCAGUGCGGUGGAGAAGUGGCGCACCUUCUUCGAUGCCAUGAACGCCAAUUUCGACGAGAAGGCCAAUUUGGUGCGGACGCGCGAGCAGUUCUAUGCCCGCCAAACGCAGCAGAUCAACGAGUCGCAGGAGGAGCUGACCAAGAGCACCCGCAUCCGCCUGGAGAAGGAGUGCGAGCGCCUGGAACUCGAGCUGCGACGCACGCGCGACAAUGUGCUGAUGAACUCCGAGAAGCUGGACUACAACUAUCAGGUGCUGCAGAAGCGCAACGAGGAGAACGUGAUCAUAAACAACCAGCAGAAGCGGCGGGUGGCGCGCCUGCACGAGGCCAUCGGACGCACCCGGCGCGGCCUGAGGAACCUGUACAACACGGGCAAACGGAACAUAGCCCGCCUCUCGGCGGACAUCUACAAGCUGCACGCGAACAUCAACGACAUGGAGUCGAAGGCCCACCAGGCGCGGCUGAACAACCGCGAGAAGUUCGACCGCAUCUGGGAGAUCAACUACAAGGAGCUGAAUCUGCUGGUCGAUCGGGUCUACCACAUCGAUCGCAUCAUCCACGAGCAGCAGCUGGCCAUGCCGUGGUCCAGUCCAGUGCCACCGAUACCGAACAUCAACAGGGCCAAGAAGAAGCGCAAUAAUAUCCUCGAGAAGUUCGACAUGCGCAUCGGACGGGUGCCCAAGAACCGGGUGCUGCCCAAGUCGGCCAUCAAGCAGCGGCCGGAUAUCAAGGAGCUGCCUCCGGAGUCGCUGCGCCUGAUGCGCAACCUCAUCCGCAAGCUCUCCGAUCGCGGCGGCUUCCUCAUCGAGGAGCGGCUGCUCAAGAUACUCGAACCGUAUUCCGAGGAGGACAAGUGCCUGGUGCGCAUCGACAACAUCUUUGCGGCGCUGCGCAUUCGCCAUCUGCGGGACGUGAAGGAGCUGACCAAGGUCUUUAUGCCGUACACCUACUGCCCGAACUGCCAGCCGCAGGGCCUCAGUCCGCGCAAGUGCGCCGAGGUGUUCAUGAAGGACCAGAAGCCCAAUAGGCUGCAGACCACGUCGACGGUGACGGAUCAGGAGCAGCAUCGCGACACCAAGGGCGACACCUCCUUCCUGGCGAAGGGCGAGGAGGCGGCCAAGAGGUGCCACAAUCACUACCUGGUCAUGGAGCCGGCCCUCUGCCUGCACGCCAUGAACCUCUUCACCUCCAAGAUGCACAAGCAGAUGUACGAACACGAGCCGGGCAGCAUUCUCAAUGCGGUGAAUCUCAUCCAGAUCUCGGAUGCCCAGAUCCGUGACUUUUGGCGCCAGUUCUCGGCCUGCUUUCCGGCCUCCAAGUGCAAGCUGUGGAAGACGUUGGAGCACGGCCUGAAUCACUAUGUCGAGGUGCUCAAGAUGCGCGUGCAGUACGAUGCGGAGGUCGUCUUUCUGCGCCGCCAGAACGAGGAGUUGCGCCAUCUGCUGCAGAAGUUCACUGUCUGAGAAUC